AUCUGUGCAUUUUUAACAGCCAACCUAACAGCUGAUUCAUUUUAAUUUUAUGUUUGGCAAAACACUGCAAUGACCAACGAGGCGACCUCGUCAAAGCAGAAGGACUCAUCAUCGAAUACUUUGGAGAUAACUGACAAAGUGCGGGUGUUGUGCUUACAUGGAUACCGUCAGAACGGAGAUGCGUUUAAAAGUAAAUUAGGAUCUUUCCGAAAGCACGUAAAUAAAUAUGCUGAAUUUGUUUUUGUUGAUGCUCCUCACAAAGCGAAGCCUCUGGAAGAGGGAGCCGAACCUCAAGCGGACCAGCUAAGUUGGUGGUUUAAUAAUGACGAUGGUUCCUUUAAAGGCACUAAUAAAAACGGUCCUGCGUUUGGCUUUCAAGAAAGUUUGAAGUUAGUUGAACAGACUUGGAAAACACAAGGACCAUUUCAAGGUCUAUUGGGAUUUUCACAGGGAGCCUGCUUUGUAGGCCUCAUUUGCGGUUUGGCAAAGAAGAAGCUAACUUCGAUCAAACCGGAAUUUGCCAUCUUGUCAUCCGGCUUCCUUUCGGGGAGUUUAGUUCACAAAAGUGCCUAUGAGGAAUCGGUCAUUAUACCUACCCUUCACAUAUAUGGGUUAUCCGAUGAAAUAAUACCCAAAGAAAUGAGUCAAGAAUUGGCCAACCUCUUUAAGAACGUUGAAGUUCUGGAGCACAAUGGAGGUCAUUACUUUCCUGCUACGUCACAACAAAAACAAACAUAUAUCAACUUCUUUCAAGACCGAUUACAAGAAUAUCUAGAAAAUCUUGAAUUGCAACAAACGUCUAAUGCGACAUUCGUAGAAGAUCAGCCACAAAAUGUGAUGUCUGAUGAACAACAUGAAGAGAGUGACUGAAAAUUGUAUUUAAUUGAGGCUUAUUAUUUAAAAUAACAACUUAGCAAAUAAUGGGCUGCAUAGACUUCUAUACAUUUAUUAUAUAAAAUGUAAAUGAAAAAAAUCCAACUAUGAACUUCAAUAAAAAACAAAAAAUUACAUAUACAUGUGUACACUAGA